AUGGCUUAUCUGUCAUCGGCUAAUAAGAAAAAACCUAAUCGUCGCUACAAAAUGUCUAUUGGAGAUGAAGAAAAUUUUGAACCUCCAAUACAGUCAUCAACUCCAUCAAAAAUAUUAUCUAAAAAGAAUUCAAAAAGAAUUCUCAAGGAUAAUAAUUCAUUAAACAUUAGUGCAAUUAAUAAAGAUGACCAAAACAAAACAAAUAUAGAAACUUAUUGCCACAAACCUAUACUGCCCGUUAUAGAAGAAAAUGUUAAGUACGGUCGAGUUGCAGAACUUUUUUGUAGUGAUCCAGAAGAUGAACCUACCGAGAAAGAAAAUUUAACCGUCACCACAACAAAUGAUUCCGACGAUAAAUGGACUACUUUUUCAGAUAUUUCUGAAGAUCAAAGCUGUAGUAAUGUUACAGAUUUACUAGCCGAAAUUGAAGCAGAUGUAGAUAUCAGAUUUAAAAAACCACCACGAAGAUCAUAUCCCGGAAGAAAAAGAACAAAUAAAAGUUUGUUUGAAGAGAAAGAAGAAGAAGAAGAAAUAGAUGUACAAAUAAAAAAAAAAUGUAGAAAACAUAAACAAAAAAAAAAGGAUCCACAAGAAGAAGCAUUUGUACAAACAAUGAACGAGCAUUUUGGAGAUAUUGAAUCUUUUAGUUUAGCAGUGGAAUAA